UACACUAUCUUCUUCAUAAUAUUUUUUGUUGCUUCUGAUAUGUUCUCUGUCCAAAUGUGGUUUUAAUGUAAUAAUGUGAUUUCUAGGACAUACAACACAUAAAAAGAAAUGUGGUGUGUGAGUAUAUCAAAGCCUGUCUCAUCUCAUGUAAUUUAUUGCAUAUGAGGCAAACAGCACACUUAUGUGUCACUGACGCGUAUUCUUUGUGCAUCCGUCCAUGCCUUAAUGUUUUUUUUUAUCAACAAUUUGCGAUUAUUCUAAGAAUUCUGAUUGUUCUAUAUUUACUGUUAAUGCAUGCCUGUCAGUAUCACAAUGACUUAAUAAAUGCAUUUCUUUGCAUACAUAGAAGUAAAAUUUUCAUGAACACUUAACCUAUAUAUGCAUGCGUUACAUAUUUUUUUUAAAGCUAUUUGCGAACAAAGUUGACAUUUUCUUAAAAAAAAAAUAAAUAAAAACAAAUUAAAAAAAAGAAAAUUACAUCUUCAUUGUAAAUGUUGUAGUGCAUGCGAUCUUGAGUAGUUUUAUUUGUGCUGCUGCGCAUACAGUCAAGCAGUGCGCCUGUGUCUCCUGUGCUGUGUGUUUGUGUGCGUGCGUGCGUGCGUGUGUGUGUGUGUGUGUGUGUGUGUGUGAAAGACAGCGGCUCGCGAUGUCCACGCUCUCCACCGCUGUUCUGGUGAUCCGAUAGUUGUGAAAAGCCACCACUAGUCGCCCCCAGUGCUCUUGCAGUCUCCAAUUUUUCUUUCCCACUGUAGACUUAACGUCACGUCCGCACUUGAACUUGAAUUUUAUCCCAUUGUACGGAGGCAGCCCUCGCCACAGAGAGACAGAGAGCUCCCGGAGAAGCAGGACUCCGCCAUCUUCAUAGAGACAGAAAAGGGAAAAAAGGUCUUCAUUCAUCAGAAAAGAAGGUGGCAAGUCCAUGUCCUUGGUCUCCAGUCCGCGUAGCCGAAUAGGGGGAGCAAGCGCAAAGAGUUGGAGAGAGAGUGCAAAGUAGCCGGGCAUCGCAUGUAAUAGUGCCCUGGAGAGGCGAAGAACUGUCCAGCGCUUGGCACACUCCAGUGCCAAACUCAAGGAGAAAUUGGAUUCCUUUUAUCCAGUUGAAAAGUAAUUAUUAUUGUCCUUUUUUAAUUAUUAGCAUUUGUACUCAGAAACAUUUGAAUUGCUUUUGACAAAUCCACAAGGUGCUGACUUGACGAAGAGAGAGAGAGCCACUAGAGUGUCCAAGCUGUCCAAACGCACCGGGCAUCAGAUUUCUAAUUUCCCUCACAAGGCACAAGAGACAUUUCCAGUGAUUUCUUCACAACUACAAGGAUAUUUUUACACAGCUGAAGUGCAUGUGUGUGUCGGUGAGAUACUGAGCGUCAGCGCGUCUCUGGUCAUCUGGAGAGCAGGAGUGCGCAAAGACACUUUCGCUUCUCUCACAUCCGCGGGACCUCUAUCUAUAUCCACGGCCCGGAGCUGUGGCAGUUCUUUGGAAGUCCCGGGAAAAGUUAGUUAGUGAGGGGUUAGGAAAAAGCCCACGGCACGGACACGGAGGAGAGAAGAAUAGGCGAGCCGACUAUUACUUGUGCGGGUCUCUGGGCGAUGCCAGUGUAAAUGCCAGGGCAAUGUCCCGUCGCAAGCAGGGAAACCCUCAGCAUUUGUCGCAAAGAGAAAUUAUAACACAAGCUGAGCAUGUGGAUGCGGUACUGGCUGUGGCUGAUCUCCACACUCACCCUCACCCGCUGCUGGAUCCCAGCAUGCCCGGGCAUCUACCUCCGGGCCUGGGUGACCACGACCUCCUAACCUGCGGCCAGUGCCAACUAACGUUCCUUUUAGGGGACAUCCUGCUCUUCAUCGAGCACAAGAAAAAGCAAUGCCAGGGUCUGACGGCCGGCCACGGCUGCUACGACAAGAUGGCGGACCGCCACAGCCCCUCGCCGCCCCUCACCGAGCUGAGGAAAGUGGUAGAACCGGUCGAAAUAGGAAUCCAGGUGACACCUGAGGAGGAGGACGACAGACUGUUGACGCCCCCAAAAGGAAUUUGCCCGAAGCAAGAAAGUGGCCUGGCAGGUAGAGAUGAACCUUCUAGUUACAUAUGCACGACGUGCAAACAGCCCUUUACCAGCGCCUGGUUCCUUCUACAGCAUGCUCAGAACACACAUGGCAUCCGCAUCUAUUUGGAGACCAACCCGUCCAAUACCUCCCUGACUCCACGGAUCUCCAUUCCUCCCCCCAUCGGUGCUGAAUCCAUACCCCAGUCCCCACUGACCAACUUCUUGGGAGACAAUAACCCCUUUCACCUUAUACGGAUGACUGGGCCCCUACUCCGGGAGCCCCCACCAGGCUUCAUGGAAAACCGUCUCCCUAAUACGCCACCCUUUGUCAGCCCCCCUCCACGGCAUCACCUAGACCCCCAUCGCUUGGAACGCCUUAGUGCAGAGGAAAUGGGUUUAAUCUCCCAACAUCCCAGUGCCUUUGAGAGAGUGAUGCGCAUGACACCCAUGGCCAUCGAGUCCCAGUCCAUGGAUUUCUCCCGACGGCUGAGGGAGCUUGCUGGAAACAACAACUCCACUCCACCACUUUCACCGAGCCGUGCCAACCCUAUGCAUCGCCUCCUCAAUCCCAACCCCUUCCAGCCCAGCCCCAAGUCACCCUUUCUAAGCACCCCUCCAUUGCCACCCAUGCCCCCAAACAGCACCACCCCUCCGCAGACACAGGGCAAGUCAAAGUCCUGCGAGUUCUGCGGUAAGACCUUCAAGUUUCAGAGUAAUCUGGUUGUACAUCGGCGAAGCCACACAGGCGAGAAACCCUACAAGUGCCAAUUGUGUGACCAUGCCUGUUCUCAGGCUAGCAAACUGAAACGCCACAUGAAGACCCACAUGCACAAGUCUGGCUCCACGACUGGGCGCUCUGACGAUGGUCUGUCCACUACCAGCUCACCCGAGCCGGGCACAAGUGACGUCACUGGGGAGGGUAUGAAGAACAGGGAUGGGGACUUCAGAGGUGAGGGCAUGGGCCCUGAUAAUGAGGAGGAGGAGGAAGAGGAAGAAGAAGAGGAGCUCGAAAAUGAGAGCAGGCCAGAGUCGAACUUCAGCAUGGACUCUGAGUUCAGUCGAAACAGGGAAAAUGGCUCAAAACCACCUUUGGAUGAAAAGAACAUCUCCUUGGGUAAAAUGGUGGAAAAUGUGGGGCUCACCUCCAUCCAGCAGUACAAUAACUUGAUAGUUGACAAUCGGAAACGGCUUCCGUUCUCCAAAAGGAUCUCAGAGGGGCAGAGGGACGCAGGUGACGAUGAUUCAGUAGUGAGGGAAAUGAACCAAGUGGGUCGGGCCACUGUGAAUGGAAGGAACUGUGGCUCUGGUGACUCUUUCUCAGGCCUGUUUCCCCGCAAGCCCACUCCCAUCACUAGUCCCAGCCUCUCCAACUCCUCAAAUAAGAGGAUCAAAAUAGAGAAGGACUUGGACAUACCCCAAGCCCCCCUAAUCCCAUCUGAAAAUGUCUACUCCCAGUGGUUGGUUGGCUACGCGGCAUCCCGCCACUUCAUCAAAGAUCCCUUUCUUGGCUUCACCGAUUCCAGACAAUCUCCAUUUGCCACUUCCUCAGAACAUUCCUCCGAGAACGGCAGCCUGCGAUUCUCCACGCCGCCAGGGGACCUGCUGGACGGGGGCCUCUCUGGCCGCAGUGGUACUGCUAGCGGAGGCAGCACCCCGCACCUGGGCGGUGGGCCUGGACCUGGCCGGCCCAGUUCGAAAGAGAGCCGGAGGAGCGACACCUGCGAGUACUGUGGAAAGGUGUUCAAAAACUGUAGCAAUCUGACAGUGCACAGACGCAGCCACACAGGCGAGAGGCCCUACAAGUGUGAGCUUUGCAACUACGCCUGUGCCCAGAGCAGCAAGCUCACUCGCCACAUGAAGACGCACGGCCAGCUCGGUAAGGAAGUGUACCGCUGUGACAUUUGCCAAAUGCCCUUCAGCGUCUACAGCACGCUCGAGAAACACAUGAAAAAGUGGCAUGGGGAACAUUUGAUGACGAAUGAGGUCAAAAUUGAACAAGCAGAGAGAAGCUAAGCCAGAUUUCCUAUUUUGCCUCACAAUUUCUUGAUUAUAAAAGGGGUAGCUGGAUACUCUGUUAUUUUUUUUAAAUUUUUUUUUUUUAGUUUGUUUGUUUGGUUGCCUUCAAGUUAAUGGUUUAAGUUAGAUUUGUCCUAAGAAACUGCCAUCUGAGAAUGAUAAAGACUUUAAACAAGAAGAGGGGAAAGGGGGGUGGGGGGUUGUUCUAAACCACCUAUUUUGGCAUUUUUAUUUCUAGCAAUCUAUGAGGUUGACACAUUUACACAAUAUUUUAAAUGGAGCCUUUAACUGUGCAAUAAUUUCUGUAUUUAUUGGAUUUUUUUUUUAAUGUUUUGGCAUGUGCAGGUUAAUUUUUAUUUCAUCGUUUUUUUUUUAGUUUUUUUUUUUAUUAUUAUUAUUAUUAUUCCAUAAUCUUAUGUUUUGUUUCCAAUGCUGAGAUUUAAAAAAAAAAAAAAAAAAAACCCAAAAGACAUCCUGAGAUUUUUCUUUUUUUUUAGCAAAACAGAGUAUUGUUUGAGAAAUCCAUAGGCCGCUGCUUACGAUGUAGAUUAUUUAAGAUAAAUGUGUAAUUUCUUGAAGAGAAGCCGCAUUCAAUUUCUCAUAUUUUGAAAACUUAACUGAGAAAGCUAUUUGUUCUUUUUUUUUUUUUUUUUUUUACUAUUCAUAAUUAUUCAUUCAAAAUGAGCGGAGAGCAAUCCUUAGACCUUGUAGCACGAACUGAUUCUAAACAUGUCAAUCUAAUUGGGUAUGUAGCACUGAAUAUCAGUUCUUACAGUAGAUCUAAAGAGAACUGUGGGGCUGAAAACCUUGUCUACUCUUCAGAACCUGAAAUCAGGGAGAGGAGACAUUUGAAAAAAACAUUUGAAAGUGAAGGCAGCUGCUUAUCGGUACCUAGUACCAACCCAGACAACGCUAGUCACUAGGUCUCACUCCAGUUGUCCAUAGUGAAUUUUAAUCCUAGCUCCCUCUCCAUUGCACUUAAUCAAAGCUGUUUGAUUUCACUGAACAGCACAAUCGUGAGUAGAAGGAAGACGGCUUUUGAGCUCUCUUUGUGAGCUUUAAAACAACUCAGGGUGAGCUACAUAGCUACUUCUGCCAAGUCUGCUAUCUGAUCUCAGCCGUCUUUUCUGAUAAAUUAGUCCAGUCCUCUGGUUCAGCUCAUUCACAGCCCUCCCCUUGUCUGCAGGCUUCAUAUUACACCGCCAAGCACCACUAAAUGUCAUGAAUCAACUCCAUCCUUCACAUAAAAGUGGCUCGUCAUACUACAUUGAUGUACAGUAAAGUUAAAGGGACAGACAUCUAGGCCUGAGGAUGAAACAGUUUUUAUACACUAGGAGAGCGUUUACACACACACACACACACACACACACACACACACAGAGGAAAAGGGAGAGAGAGAGAGAGAGAGAGAGAGAGAGAGAGAGAGAGAGAGAGAGAGAGAGAGAGAGAGAGAAGGGUCUGUACAGUCCAAUUCAGGAGAGUAAAGCUAAGAGCACAUUAGUCAAAAGCAAGGCAGAGCACCAUUCUAUUUUCCAUUGACUGACACUUAAAUCUACACUUUGUUCUUUUCUUUUCAGUUCUGUUGUUUCAUUUAUGAGUAUUAGGGUCUGCAGUUCUACAGGGAGUUACCACUUUAACCAGAUUAGAUAGUAGGAAUGAAUUUAAUUAUACAUUCAGUAAUAUUAUCAUUCUAUUACAAUGUUUGUUAAAUCACUUGAAACAGCCCUAUGCAUUUUUGUACAUACAGUAUAUAUAUAUAUAUAUAUAUAUAUUUAUCAAUCAUUUUGAAAAACAAAUUUAUACUGCAGAGUAAAUCUGAUUAUAGACUUUGCGAUAGUUAAAACGUGUAUGAUAUUGACUUAUCUGGUUAAUCUGGUCAUGUCCCGUGUGUUAGAGCCAUCGGCAAGUAUGCAGAUUAGUCAAUUGCACAGUAAGAGUGUAUGUCAUAACCUGUUGAGCGUUUGCUAAAACAGUAAGACAAUUUUUUUCUUUCUUUCCUCUCAUUCAGGACUUCCUGUGAUGUGUAGUUGAACGCUUUCUCAGAAGUAGCAACACGCUUACAGAAUGCACAGCUGAAUUUUCUCUCUUUUUUUUUUUUUUCUUUUUUUGUGUUAUCUUCUGUCCUUACUUUUUGUUGACAAAAAGGGCUGCCUCUGUCAGCCUAAAUCACAGCCCUGAUUUAAUGGCCGUUAAACAGCCUUCUUUCAACACAACGCCCUUUCCACCACAAAUGAUUGAACCGAGGAAAUAUUGUGGUUUUAAAUAAACACAUAAAUAAAUAAUAAAGAAAGAGAGAGAGAGAGAGAAAGAAAAAAGUAAGCAUACACAGCUCUUUGCAGUUGACCCGCACUUUAUUUUGAUUUACAUAUUUGAAAACAAUGGAGAAAACGGCUUCUGAGCAAGAAAUUAUGUUCAAAAACGGAUUUAUUGGGCCUUGAUAGAGGGAGCAUCUGAGAUUGAAGUGUCAGUGUUGAUAGGCUUGGCGUUCACAAUGCUGGCACUAUAAAAAUGAAACUAAUUUAUUUGGACAGUUUUUGUACUGCCAUUCAAUUUGACAUGAGUGUGCCUUGAAUACUGAUCUUCCUAUUUAUUGUCUUAUAAGACAAAUGCAACACUUUUGUGAAGCAAAGAAUAAAAUAAAAAAAGUCCAUGUAGUUUUAAUCUGCUUCUAAAAUAAUAAUCGAUAAAAAUAGAUAUCACGUAAUUUAAAGAACUUAAAAUAAAAAGUAGCCAGCACAAUACUAAUGUGUGUCUAUGUGUGUAGAUAUGUAUGCAUAUGUACAUAUAACUGCACAAAACACACAAUAGACAAAUAUACACCGUCGGCCAAAAGUUUGGAAUAAUGUACAGAUUUUGAUCUUAUGGAUAGAAAUUGUUACUUUUAUUCACCAAAGUGGCAUUCAGCUGAUCACAAUAUAUAGUCAGGACAUUAAUAAUUUGAAAAAUGUAUAUUACAAUUUGAACUAAAACUACUUAAACUACUUCAAAGAUUUCUCAUCAAAUCCUCCACGUGCAGCAAUGACAGCUUUGCAGAUCCUUGGCAUUCUAGCUGUCAGUUUGUCCAGAUACUCAGGUGACAUUUCACUCCACGCUUCCUGUAGCACUUGCCAUAGGUGAUGUCUUGACGGGCACUUCUCAUGCACGUUACAGUCUAGCUGAUCCCACAAAUGCUCAAUGGGGUUAAGAUCCAUAACACUCUUUUCCAAUUAUCUGUUGUCCAAUGUCUGUGUGUCUUUGUCCACUCUAACCUUUUCUUUUUGUUUUUCUGUUUCAAAAGUGGCUUUUUCUUUGCAAUUCUUCCCAUAAGGCCUGCACCCCUGAGUCUUCUCUUUACUGUUGUACAUGAAACUGGUGUUGAGCGGGUAGAAUUCAAUGAAGCUGUCAGCUGAGGACAUGUGAGGCAUCUAUUUCUCAAACUAGAGACUCUGAUGUACUUAUCCUCUUGUUUAGUUGUACAUCUGGGCCUUCCACAUCUCUUUCUGUCUUUGUUAGAGCCAGUUGUCCUUUGUCUUUGAAGACUGUAGUGUACACCUUUGUAUGAAAUCAAUUUCAAGCAUUGUAUAGACUUCAUUCCUCAAAACAAUGAUUGACUGAUGAGUUUCUAGAGAAAGCUGUUUCUUUUUUUUGCCAUUUUUGACCUAAUAUUGACCUUAAGACAUGCCAGUCUAUUGCAUACUCUGGCAACUCAAAAACAAACACAAAGACAAUGUUAGGCUUCAUUUAAUGAACCAAAUAGCUUUCAGCUGUGUUUGAUAUAAUGGCAAGUGACUUUCUAGUACCAAAUUAGCAAUUUAGCAUGAUUACUCAAGGAUAAGGUGUUGGAGUGAUGGCUGCUGGAUUUGGAUCAAAAAUUACUUUUUUUUUCAAAUAGUGAUGGUGCUGUUUUUUACAUCAGUAAUGUCCUGACUAUACUUUGUGAUCAGCUAAAUGCCACUUUGGUGAAUUAAAGUACCAAUUUCCUUCCGAAACAGCAAAAUCUGUACAUUAUUCCAAACUUUUGGCUGCCAGUCUAUAUAUUUACAAUUUUUCACUUCAGGACAAAACUGCGUCCCUUGAAAAUAAUGGAUGAUUUUGCUACAAAUAGUCAAGGAAGAGACUGGACAAAAAUCAGGAACUAGAGAAACUUAAAAAAAAAGAAAAAAAAAAAAAAAAAAAAGGAAAAAAAAAGUUUAGUGCACUCUGUCUUAAAAUACGUUUACAGUAUUGAAACAAGUACAAGGGUAAAAUGAUAUUUCUGUGUAUGUGUGUUUUAAACAAACAAAAAAUUUCUUUACUUUUUUUUCCAAUUUUGCUUAUAAAGUUUCUCUGAAUGCCAUAGUGGUGUGUGUAUAUUGUUUUUUCUGGUGACGGGAUUUUAAGUAUAUAUAUAAAUAUAUAUAAAUAUAUAUGACAUUUCUCUUGUUUACUGUAAAAGUAUACCAGUAUUUGUAAUAUUGGAGAAUGCCUGGGCAUUUUACAAAAAAAAACAAAAAAACAAAAAACAAAAAAAACAAAAAAAAGAUAUUGUUUUUUAUUUCCAAUUAUCAUUUAUUUGUCUUUUUCUUUUUAAAAAGUUUCAUUUUGCAGUCCAAUUUAAAUUGUGGGUCUCUAAAAUGUUUUGUCACUGUAACUGUAAAAGUCUUGAGUUUUAGUAAAAAUUUUCUGCCUUGGGUGUACGAAAAUAAAGAUUAAAUUGAUUGAAGGAGAACUGCUAACAGAAUUUGUAGGCAAAUGGGCACGCAACAUUAUGUAUGGAAAUACAUAGUUCCUGUCAUGUUUAUCUCUCUGAUUUCUUCUUCAGUAAUGGAUUUUCUAAAUGGCUGGAAUCAAAUGUGUGUAGGCACUAUGAUGUGUGUGUGUGCGUGUGUGAGUGUGUGUGUGCGCGCGCGCGUGUGUAUGUACGCACAUUUGGCAGGAUACAAUUGUGAAAACUAAAAUUAAAAAUGUACAGAUGAGUUAAAGAGGUUGUCUGACCUUUUACUGUAGCUACAUAUAAAACAGUAAAUGUUUUGUUCACUCUUAUCUUGGUUGUAAAUAAUUUUAUAUGCUUGCCCAGACUUUGUUUUGUUUUCUCUCUCUUUCUUGAUCUUUUUUUUUAUUUGUGUGUUCUGACUAGCACAGGCAACAGUCUUUUUUUAUUUUUUUUUAAAACAAAUGCCCAUUCAAUCCUUAUUAUUUGGGGCCUGUAUCGUACAGGUCUAUUAGCAUGAGAAAAAUAGAGCACAAAUAUAAACAUGUUUUACUUGUCCAAGUCAUUAUUGGUAAUUUUGUGUGAUAAUUUUUUGAGCAGGAAGUAAAGAAAAAGGUCUGGAAAGUGUACAAGGUCUUUCUCUCUCUUGGUCUCCCUCUCAUGCACCCAUACACACAGGAAACAGACUCAUAAUAUGCCUAAAAUAAUCAACUUUAAGGGGACACAACUGUGUAGGUAACAGGCUAGCCAAGCCAAACCCCACUGUAUAUAGUAUUCUCUUCAAUUCUGUGCAAUUCAGAUCAAAGCGUUUUGCUUCCAACCAAAGGCUACAAUUAGAGUCAUGAAGAACUACUAAAACUGACCACACUCAUACAGACACAAAUCAAUCAACCUGACCCACCAUGUAUACUUUCAAACCCUUCCCAGAAUGUAUUAGGCUCUGGUAUCUGCGUCUAGAAAGACGUAGCACUUUGUAGCUGUCAGAGAGCUCUGUACGGUCAACCACACUGUUUGUCCACUCAUUUAUACAGUACGUUCAUCUCAAACUGCCGAUUAUGUUCACUUGUGUUAUACAAGUUGUUUUUGAAAGCCGCCCUUCUGUGUAUAUUUUUGUCUUUUUUUUUACUCCCGUAUUUUUUCCAAGCAUUAGAAACUGAUGCCCCUUGUUUGGACUGAGGCAACUUUGGUAUGCAGGUCUUGAUUAAUAAAAAAUAAUAA